CUCUUCGAUUCCAGCAUGAGGAGCAUGGCGAGGAGACUCAGGACUUUCCGGCGGUGGCCACGCACCUCACCUGUGUCCCCCCGAGAUCUGGUCGAGGCUGGGUUCUUCUACGUGGGUCCCAGGGAUGAAGUGCAGUGCUUCUGCUGCGGGGGCGUCCUGAAGGACUGGAGAGCCGGGGACUGCCCCAUAAUAGAGCACCUGAAUUUCUUCCCUUCCUGUAAAUACAUUUGUGGUGAGGAUGUUGGGAACCAAGAGAUGCUGUCUUUUCAGGAGAUCUUUGACACUGUGGAUGGGCAGUUCCUCAGUCUCUUGCAGGGGAUAGUCAGUGAGGAGACAGCCCUGCCCAAUGAACCAGAAUACCCAGAGAUGGUCACAGAGGAGAUGAGACUCUCUACCUUUGAGAACUGGCCACAAAAUUCUGACGUUCGUCCAGAGCAACUGGCCAGUGCAGGGUUCUUUUACACAGGACGAGGUGAUGUAGUGAGAUGCUUUUACUGUGAUGGAGGUGUGAGGAGCUGGUCGUUCGGAGAUGAUCCUUGGAGGGAACAUGCCAAAUGGUAUCCAGAGUGUGAAUUUUUAUUGCAUUCAAAGGGGAGAGAAUUUGUUAGCAGUGUUCAGGAGACCUUUUCUACCACCCUGCUAGCUCCAAGACGUUCCUGGGAUCAGACUGAACAGGAUUGCCCUCCUUCCCAAGAUCCUCUGAGUGCUUGGAAAGAGCUGGCUCAUCCUUCUCAGGAUCAGCGUAACAUAGUGCACAAUGUCCUGCAGAUGGGCUUUGACCCCACUUGUGUGGCAAACCUGGUAGAGAAUAAAUUUGGGUUGACUGGGGCUUUCUACCUUUCUGAGUCUGAGCUGGUUUCAGAUCUGCUGCAGCCGGGCCGGGCAGAGAGCGGCGGUGCCGUGGGAGGCAGAGAUCCUGUUCGGAGGGAGGCUGGAACAUCAAGAGAAGAAAUGCAAUCUGUGCAGCAAAAGGAAUCAGAUGAGUCUCAGCUGAGCACAGAAGAACAGCUCCGCCGCCUGCAAGAGGAAAGGAUGUGCAAAGUGUGCCUGGACAGAGAUGUGUCUGUUGUGUUUGUUCCCUGUGGCCACCUGGUAGCUUGUAGAGACUGUGCCCUCAAUCUGAGUUUGUGUCCCAUCUGCAGAGCUGUCAUCCAGGGCAGUGUGAGGACUUUCAUGUCCUGAGCCGUGAUGCACCCAAAGGGAAAGAUAAGUCUAUACAGCUCACUGAUAACACAGCAGAGGAAGAAAAUCACUAAAUAGAUUGAUGCUGGAGC